CCUGCAGUGGAGGGCUCGGCAGUCCGUCAUACACAGCGACAGGGUCGGGUGGGUCAAGCAGUGAGCCGAGGGCGAGUGACGAAGCCCUGUGGUUACGAGAUCAGAUCUGAUGCGGUCGUGUUGACUCAGGGCAUUUUCGAUUUCCCGUCGAUCUCUUCGCUAGAUACUAGUCGCCGGUCUCGCGGCCGGCCGUUCAGUGCGCAUUCGCAGUACAAAAGAGACUUGUGAUAUUUUUCUAGUAUACAAGUUCCGGAACGGAACGCUUUAAUUUUUCGUAUUAAAAGUGUACAAUAUAAGUAAAAAUUUGGAAAACAUGGAGAUCCUGCCUGUUACGAAUCAGUUUAACGUCGGAUUCAACAGUGAAAAAGCGUGGAAUGGGCCGACAUGGCGGGAAGCGCCGAUGCCGGUGCCGACGGAAGCGGCGCUGGCUCAGCGACUGGAGAGGGAGCUGAGAGCGGCCAAGGGCGCCAGCGAGCUCGCCGCGGCGGAGGUGCUGGUGCCCGCGGAGCUGCUGGCGCGCGCGGCGCGGCAGGCGCUGGCGCUGGCCGAGGGCGAGCCCUGCGGCGCGAGGGGGGCGGCGCUCAUCGUCGACGUCGCCGGCCGGCGGCUCGCCGCUUUCAAGAUAGACCCCAACACGUUGACCACGCACGAGAUCCACUUACAUCUGGAGCACGACACCACGAACUGGACCAGCCUGCUGCCGCAAUUCUUAAAAAAUUUAACGCGAAGCGGCACCAUUAUCAUCAGCCCCCAGUUCACGAUAGAAAAGAAGAAGCUCUUCCGAAGCCAGGCCGAGUGAGCGGCCUGUGAUAGCGCGUGGUGCGAGCGAGCCGACUGACUGCCCUCCUCGAUGUCUACGUAUCGUUAUUUUAACAAAUAUCAAUAUUAUUAUAUGUAUAUUAAUUAUUAUAUAUUUUUAAUAAGAGAAAAAAAAGCACAGCGUGAUAUGUAAUGUAUAGUUGUAGAGUAAGCGCGCGAGCGCAGACUUUAGUUAGCGCGUCAGGUCUUCGGGCACGAGCUGCUCGCCGAGCAGGCGGGCCUCUGCCGCGCCGCUCUGCGAGCAGCUCGGCCGGCCUGAGCGAGCGCCGGCGCGAGGCGGCGAGCGCGGAUCUCUCCCGCCCCUCCCCCACCGCGGCGCCCGCCGCCCGCGCCCGUACUUAUGUUAAUCGUGUAUGAUCAUCGUUCGUCUGAUUAUUGAGAGGCUGAGUGAGUGGUUGCGCAGCGUGAGUGGCGGCGGCGCCGGCGCGCGCCUCUUGAUCUCAGGCGCCGCCGCGCGAGUGAUACCCCGAUCGUUAGUCUUAGGUAUUAUUUUUUGUUUCGAGUUCGAUUCUAUUCUGAAGUUGCGUAGAGUUCGUAUUUUCAUGUAUCGUAAUCGUAUUUAUUAGAGACGAUCUCCGCGCGGCCGGAGGUCGAGGAUAUGUGGACGUUUUUUCGUAAUUGUACUAGUUCGUACAUUUGUUUGUGAUACUACUUUUGUAAUGUAUAAAAUUUAAAUGGAAAGAUAUACUUUAUGUAAGGGAGCACGCAUGCAGAUAUAGAGAUGUAUAGUAUCAGAGAGUUGAGCCGGUC